UGUGUUGGCUGGUGUGUCGCCUUUACAUUCUGUAACAAAGACCAUAUAUACAUUUAUUGCUGAAUUAAUUAAAUCAUACACUGUGUCUAAGGAUAUGUGAAUCGGAGAUAUUGACUAGGAGUUUAAAAGGCGUUGAAAUUGUUUUCAGAUUGACUAUACCAUUUGGUAUGGACAUUCCUCAUUCCUUUGCUUGAUUGGACAGUUUCAACAAAGUGCCGUGGCGGAACAACUAUGGGAUUUUCAACUAAGAAGUUAUGAAUUUUUAAUUCAACGACCAAACGUGUUUUCAUACUGCAUUUUCCUAUCAUAAUAUGAAACUGAGAAGAAUUAAGCAAAAGAUGUUACUUAAUAAAAAGCUUGGAAUAAGUCGAAAAUACCUGUUUUAUUCAAUUUGCUUGUGUACUUUAAUUACAUUCACUUCAUUAUGUCUGCCAUAUAUCUCAGAAGACUACUUUCCUGUCAUUAAUGUCAACUCUUUGAAAAAUCGCGAUUUUAAAGCCAAUGAAGCGUCUUUAAUAGUACUAGUUGUGAGCAGGCGUGAUGCAUUUGACCGUCGUGAGACAAUACGAAGAACAUGGGCAUCCGGUCAUGAACAUGUAUAUUUUGUGGUUAGUGAGCUGUACUGCCCCUAUCCACCUGAAAAUCGUGUCUUUGGUACAUGUAACUGGAACAAUCAACCUACAGUGAAAGAACACAUUCAGUAUAACUUAGAUAAAGAGAAGAAAAUUACGGAGAGGCUUCGUAAUGAAUCAAACGUUGUGUUAUUACCUAUUACAGACGUCUUUGAAGAAUUGCCGAACUUGAUAAAAGAAAGUUACCAUUGGGCCCUUAGAAAUCAUAAUUCGAAAUGGUUAUUACAUGUGGACGAUUCAUUUAAUGUACAAGUACAUACAUUUAAAAACUAUGUUAUAUCGAAUUUUGACACAAAUGAAAAUAUUAUUAUGAUGUUAUUAAUACAAUGCAUAUCAUCGUUGAAACAUACAAGUAAUCCAACUUAUCUGACACCAUUUAAAUGUGCGUUAAAUCAUGUUGUUUCGAGAGAAGUUGCUGAAUACUUAGUGGAUGGACUGGAUGCAAUAUUUGAAUAUAAGUACAUAGAAAACUCUAGCAGCAUACAAGUUUUGGAUACACCUCUGAUAAAAUCUGUUCAUCGAGAAGAGUUUGGUAUGAUGACACUUAAUGGAGGAUGCAGUAAUACAGCGGCUAUAGUGCUAGAUUUGUGUAUUGGAUAUAACAUGAAUACUUGUUUAGACGGCACUACUUAUUCACUGUCGGAAAAUCCUUCCGAUUACCUACAUUCGGAUAGAUUUGACCUAAUCCCAAAAAUGGUUUACGCCUAUUUUUAUGUUUUUAAAAAACAAGUGCCAUAUGCAAUCCGAGAUGCAUAUUUAGAACAUAUACGUGUGUGGAAUAAUUUCAGAGAAUAUUGUAGUAUGAAAGAAAUCUGGUUUGAUUCAAAGGUUGCAUGUAAAGAGAAAAACGGCAGUUCUGAUUUCAUUUCAUCGUUCCAUAAAACAAUUCAAAAUGUAAAAGAGUUUGGAUUUAACCCUAACAUUUCAAGGAUUCCAGUUGAUAAGAAUGGAUUCAUCAACAAUGGUGCACACAGACUAGCUUCGAGUGUAGUUUUAUCAAAGCAAGCAACUUUUGAACAUCACAAAUACAAAGAAAAUAGCGGUUGGGGCUAUAAACAUUUUAAACGUCUAGGUCUGUCAGAAAAUUCGUUUGAUCUGGUUUUGUUGGAAUGGAUCAAGAUUCAGUUGAAACUGCCAGAUUUGAAUACAUUAAUUGAUAUUGUUUCAGUAUUUUCAAACGAUAAUAGUAAAGAUGAGAAAAUGCGAACGAUUGUCAAAGAACGGUGUUCAAAAGAUAAUGGUAUUGUAUAUGAGAAAUCAGUAACCAUUACAAGAAAAGGAGCUCAGCAAUUAAUUUCUCAUAUGUAUGGACAACAGUCGUGGCUGGAAACGAAAAUUGAACACAUGCUAUCAAGAUUCACCCACUCAACAUUUACAGUUUUGUUUUUAUUCGUGUAUACGAAAAGAAGUACUGACCUAGUUAAGUGUAAACAUGAAAUAAGAAAACUUUAUAAUGAUAAAAUAUUCAAAUCAACCGCUCAUAUACCAGAUUCAAAAGAAGAAAAUCUAAUUUUAGCAGAAAUGAUACUUAAUCCAAAUUCUAUCCAAUUUCUCAAUUACGCCGACAAUGCUCCUGAUUGUGAAUUAAUUGCAAAAGAAAUAGCAAGUCGUUUAUCUACUGCACCGAUAAAAACAUUGCCUGGUAUAUAUAUAGGUACAGAUGACGUCAUGAUUGACUCGGGAUCAGUGCUUGGAUUUUUUGACCUGCGUAGACGUACAGACGUAGACCUUUUGUUUCUAAACGACAUUGAUAAAUCUAUUCUUGGAAAUCAUAAUGGAAUACCUAUACAAGCUCACGCUUUUAAAUUUAAUUCCAUUCCCAAGGAGCGGGCAUGGGGUGAGUACCAUUUUAGUACCACAGGACCGCAAAAUCAGUAUGAUUUAUUUUAUGACCCUCAAAACUAUGGCUACUGCUAUGGUCUUAAAUUUGUUUCACUGAAACAAUUAGUUAGGUAUAAAAAACAUCGCAAUGAACCGAACAAAGAUUCCUAUGAUGUCGACCUUAUAAAUAUACUUUUGGAUACACUUAGUAUUCCAAAUAAAUGUCCGAAUCUGCACGGAAAAUUAGUUCAUUCAGUAAUUGUAUAUCUUACGUAUUUAUUGUAUGCUCGUUAAGGUAGUUAUGCACCUUCGAACCAACAUUAUUACAGGCACGGAAAGUACUUUUUGAAGAUCUACCGACUUUUCGCUAACCAGCUUGACUGCUCUGUAACAUUAACCCUUACCAUGCCGGACACGAUUGAUUCUGCCUUUGCGACCAGUGUAGUUCAAGAUCAGCCUGCACAUCUGUGCAGUCUGAUCGUGGUCUGCACUGUUCGCUAUUCAGUCAGUAAACUUUCAGUAAACACCACUUCAAAUGAUAAAUGGUACUGCCAAAACUGGAAGAUGGACCAGUCCAUUAAAGAAAAUUAGCAUGGUAAAAAUUAAAAAGAACUUAACAUCCGGCUUUAUUGAUUUAAAAUCUACCAGCAAGGCGAGAAGUAAUAUUCUGUUUAUAAAUAUAAACAUACAGAAAAUAGUAUUUGUUUCAAUAACUAUUAGGAGAACGUUUGAUUUAGUAUUACAUCUGGACAGUUGAAACCAAAACCAAGAAAUUAAAGUACAUUUUACACAAUUCCUGUCAAAUCGUAUACCCAUAAAACAAGUAUUAUUGUUACUAGUACCUGGUAGGUUAUCUCACGUUUCCAAAAUAGCCUCCAUUUUCCAGUAAAGCAGCUUUUAUAUAAAUGUACAUGCACGCAUCCUAUCAAGGUAUAGAAAGGAGACUUAAUCAAAGAAGAUACAGGUUUCCGAAAGAUUACUUUAUUUUCAUUCAGCCAUAUGCAAUUUACGUAUUUAUUGGUUCCGUCCAGUAUUUGUCCUUAAAAGUGACAUAAUUAUUUCUAACAGUCUGAAUGUAUUAUGGUUUAUUUUAUGCCCCCGAAGGGAGGCAUAUAGUUUUUGAACCGUCUGUCUGUCGUUCUGUCAGUCUGUCGGUCUGUCAGUCUGUCCGCAAUUUUCGUGUCCGGUCCAUAUCUUUGUCAUCCAUGGAUGGAUUUUCAAAUAACUUGGCUUGAAUGUGUACCACAGUAAGACGACGUGUCGCGCGCAAGACCCAGGUCCGUAGCUCAAAGGUCAAGGUCACACAGACGUUAAAGGAUAGUGCAUUGAUGGACGUGUCCGAUCCAUAUCUUUGUCAUCUAUGGAUGGAUUUUCAAAUAAUUUGGCAUGAACGUGUACCACAGUAAGACGACGUGUCGCGCGCAAGACCCAGGUCCGUAGCUUAAAGGUCAAGGUCACACUUAGACGUUAAAGGAUAGUGCAUUGAUGGGCGUGUCCGAUCCAUAUCUUUGUCAUCCAUGGAUGGAUUUUCAAAUAACUUGGCUUGAAUGUGUACCACAGUAAGACGACGUGUCGCGCGCAAGACCCAGGUCCGUAGCUCAAAGGUCAAGGUCACACUUAGACGUUAAAGGAUAGUGCAUUGAUGGGCGUGUCCGAUCCAUAUCUUUGUCAUCCAUGGAUGGAUUUUCAAAUAACUUGGCAUGAAUGUGUACCACAGUAAGACGACGUGUCGCGCGCAAGACCCAGGUCCGUUGCUCAAAGUUCAAGGUCACACUUAGACGUUAAAGGAUAGUGUAUUGAUGGGCGUGUCCGGUCCAUAUCUUUGUCAUCCAUGGAUGGAUUUUCAAGUAACUACGCAUAAAUGUGUGGCACAGUAAGACGACGUGUCGUGCGCAAGACCCAGCUCCGUAAGUCAAAGGUCAAGGUCACAGACGUUAAAGAUCAUAUUUCAUGAUAGUGCAUUGAUGGGCGUGUCCGGUCCAUAUCUUUGUCAUUCAUGCAUGGAUUUUAAAAUAACUAUGCAUGAAUGUGUGGCACAGUAAGACGACGUGUCGCGCGCAAGACCCAGCUCCUUAGGUCAAAGGUCCUAAACUCUAACAUCGGCCAUAACUAUUCAUUCAAAGUGCCAUCGGGGGCAUGUGCCAUCCUAUGGAGACAGCUCUUGUUGUUUAAUUACAUAUUCAGGAUAAUAAAUCUCAUCGGUAAGCUGUUAGUACAGGUGGAUGCUCCGUCGUCAUUCGUCUGUUGUCAACGGGUUUCCUAAAACAGGUUGUUUCCAUUAAUAGCUACUAUUUGAUCCACCUUUCCAUUCACAAGGUUUUUACUUGGUUUAUCUUUAAAUGUAGGACAUUUCCAUUGAUAUCAUACAUCGUUCAAAAUACUUUGAGGGUAGUAAUAGGAUAUUUUCACAAUAUAUUUACUAUAAAAUGAUUUUGGUGCUGUAUUUUCAAUUUCAUUUUGCAGUUACUUCUGACAUCAUUUUUUGAAAGAUUUAAUUGUGACUAUAUUUGUAAUCGGAUAGCCAUAAAUUUUUCAUCAUAUAUAAGUUAGCAUAAUAAAAACAUUUUUUAUGCAAAGAUUUAUUCUGUACUUUUUUAAAUAAUGUAGUUUCAAAAAUUGUGACUGUGCCCUGAAUUUUACAAUAGGAUAGGUAAAUAUUUGGCCUUUAUUUAUUUUUUUUUAAAUCCUUAUAUCACUCUAGGACACCUUUAUUAUUUUAAUAGUUUAUUUCUGGAUCGUGUUAGAAACAGCUAGAAUUCAAGAAAAAAAAGAUACAGACAGAAGAUCGAUAUCUGUACCAAACCUGAUGUACAAUUUCCUUAUGUGAGCCAUUUUUCAGUUUUUUUUGUUGUUUUUUGUAAUUUACUCGCUCCAAUGUACACACAAGCUGUCCAACUUCUCAUUAAUCAAAUUUAAAACAGUCACAAAACACUGUAUUUACCAUCAUCAUGAACCUCUAUCAAAUUUGUACAUUUGCUAUAUAUAUAUAUCUGAAAAGAAACCAAAACAACAUUUAAUCAAGCUUAUCGCAUGGACGCACUAAAUUUGGUCUGUUAUACUGUACUUGUCUGCCCAAUUAUCAUCGUAGAUCAGUAUUAGUAUGCACUACAUUUUUGUUUCUUUGCUUAUUUAUCACCCUACGUAUGUUCUUCUGUACCUGUACGUAUUUAUCAUCCUACAUCUGCACUUGUAUAUGUAUUUAGCAUCCUACAUCUGCACUUGUAUACGUAUUUAUCAUCCUACAUCUGCACUUGUGUACGUAUUUAGCAUCCUACAUAUGCACUUGUGUACGUAUUUAUCAUCCUACAUCUGUUCUUGUGUACGUAUUUAUCAUCCUACAUCUGCACUUGUGUACGUAUUUAUCAUCCUACAUCUGUGCUUGUGUACGUAUUGAUCAUCCUAGAUCUAUUCUUGUGUACGUAUUUAUCAUCCUACAUCUGUGCUUGUGUACGUAUUGAUCAUCCUACAUCUGCGCUUGUGUACUUAAAUAUCACCCUACAUUUAAACGUGUGUGAUUAUUUAUCAUCGUACUUGUUUACUUAUUUUUUAUCAGUCUAUAUAUGUAUUGUUUGUCUCUUUCACAUCCUGCAUCAGUAUGUGUUUGUCUAUUUAUCACCUUACAUCUGUUAUCGUAAAAGUAUGCAUAUAUGUCAUUCUACAUUUGUAGUUCAUCCUACAUCUAUAUUUGCGUUCAGAGUGUGUACCAAAGAAUAUGUGAUCUGUUGUUUAUCUACCAUCACAAAGCCAUUUGUUCGUCCUUCCGUCCGUCGACCAAUUCGGUCAUAACAUUCCAUGUCCCAAUUAUAUCGUUUAAACUGCUUUAUUGCUUUAAGUAUGACUUCAAAGUAUUGGCGUAAAAUGUUCAUUCCGACGAGACAAUGUCCAGACCCCAUUUUCCGGUUAUGACGCAUUACAGUCAUGGUCAAUGUAAAAUGUCCAAGGAUAUUAUUAUCAACACAAAUGACUUAACAACUACAGCUGGAAAUAUUAUAUAACUGAAAUAUUGGUUAAUGCGGAAUAUAAAAAACCAAGCUUUUCUCUUAAUAUACUGUAACACUUUCUUUUUCAAACCCACAGCUGUGGUGAAUAUGACUGUAUCUCAGACUCUGGAUUUCCAGUUAGGCGUAAGAAAAUAGUUUGUUUCCGGUAACAUGCUAUAAAAAUAGGGUACUUAGGUAGAUCGGUAUUUUUUUCUUUUUGGAUUUUUAAGUGGGACUUUUCGGAAAUUAAUUUUGUGUCAAAAUAAAAAAAGAAUACAAUUAAGGGGAUUAUCUCUUUACAGUAUCAGUAAGUUGAUUACUAACUUCACUGACCAUGUUUAAAGCAAAAAAGUGCAGUUUUGCAUCUUUUUGUUAAAAAAUUGAAAACAAAUCUCCAAGGCCAUAAAACAUUUAGGGUCGGGUCAAAUAUUUAGGAUAGGUCGGAAUACCCGUCACAAACAUUUUUAGGCCUUAUAUGUGUUUAUACAUGUUUUUGGCUCUUCUUCCAUGAAUGUAUACCACUACUUUUGAUACGGUACACAUGUAAUGUCUAAGUAUUAUGCAUAUUAGUAGAAUUUUUACGGAGAUUUUAUUGUGCACAAUAUCAAUUUUGAAGUUCUAAUUCUGUAUUUAAUAUAUGUUCAUCUAGUAUCUCAUUUUUCAUGUAUAAAAGGUUUGCAUGAUUAUUUUGUUAGUAAAAUUAAUAAUUAAUGUAAUUUUUUAAUGUUUUAUAUUCAUGCAGUGAGACUAUAAACAUGGCUUUUACUGUGACAUCAAUAAUAAAGAUCCAAAACUUC